GAAAAUUUUAUAUUAACCCCAUCCCAAUCAUGGAAACCGAGAAGAAAAACGAAACAUUAAAAAUCCUUAAAGAAAUGUGAGCCUAUCUUGGCCUUGAACUUGCCGAUAUAGAUGAGAUUGAAUCUCUCGCACCAUUCAAUCCCACGACAGCACAACCCCAAGAAGAUACAGCAAUCAAAAUAUUAGCAGAAUUUCUUCCAAAAUACGACAGAUUCCAAAAUCUCCUAGAGGUCGCUUCAUACAUAAAAAUGAGAAAUUCAAAGAGAGACAAAGUGUUCAGCACAACAUUGAUUGACACUAAAAAGGCUGCUCAAUAUUUGAUCUUAGUCAAUGGGUUACCUGGUGGCCAGAAGAUAGACUUUGAGUUCACUCCAACUUACAUCAAAUUCGAGAUCAGGACUAAGACUCCUGAGAUAGACCCUAAAGAAGAAAUCUCUAAAGACCAGAUCCAUCAGAUCCUGAGUUACCAUUUAGAAGAACAGACAAAGCUGUACACUACCAUUGCCACUUGCUUCCAGAAAGGAAAUUGUAUGGAGCCUGAAGACGUAUUGAGAUACUCCCAUUAUUAAAGUUAUUGAAUAGACAUUAGGACCAGUAAUAAGC